CCAGUACGAAACUCAAGAAGCUCCCUUAAUCAUAAUCGACUCUGUGUUUUCUCUUUUCUCUCCUUUGAUUAAAUCAACAAUCUCUUCUCUUCUUUAUCUCUGUAUCAUCACCAUCUUCGAAUUCCCUGUCUUCCAGUUGAAACCCUAGCAAGGGCUUUUAAUCAAUCUUCUAUUUUCUUUCUCUGCCAUAAUGCCGUCAGUGUACGGUGCUCGAUUGACAACAUUCGAAGAUUCUGAGAAGGAGAGCGAGUAUGGUUACGUUCGUAAGGUAUCAGGACCAGUCGUGGUCGCAGAUGGCAUGGCUGGUGCUGCUAUGUAUGAAUUGGUACGUGUUGGCCAUGACAAACUAAUUGGUGAAAUCAUUCGGCUGGAAGGAGAUUCUGCUACAAUUCAAGUUUAUGAGGAAACAGCUGGUUUGACAGUGAAUGACCCUGUCCUUCGGACACACAAACCUCUAUCUGUGGAGUUGGGACCAGGAAUACUAGGGAACAUAUUUGAUGGAAUUCAGAGGCCUUUGAAAACCAUUGCCAAAAGAUCUGGUGAUGUCUAUAUCCCUCGCGGUGUCUCUGUUCCAGCUCUUGACAAAGAUUUACUCUGGGAAUUUCAGCCUAAAAAAAUAGGUGAAGGAGAUCUUGUCACUGGCGGAGACUUAUAUGCAACUGUCUUUGAAAACAGUCUAAUGCAACAUCAUGUUGUACUUCCACCUGAUGCUAUGGGCAAAAUCACUUACAUUGCGCCGCCUGGUCAAUAUUCAUUGAAGGACACUGUUUUGGAGCUUGAGUUUCAGGGUGUGAAGAAGCAGUUUACUAUGCUUCAGACUUGGCCAGUACGUACACCAAGACCUGUUGCAUCAAAGCUUGCUGCUGAUACCCCUCUACUUACUGGCCAGCGUGUUCUUGAUGCCCUUUUCCCUUCAGUUCUUGGUGGAACUUGCGCUAUACCUGGGGCAUUUGGGUGCGGGAAAACUGUCAUUAGUCAAGCUCUUUCCAAGUACUCUAACUCAGAUACCGUAGUUUAUGUUGGGUGUGGAGAAAGAGGAAAUGAAAUGGCAGAGGUGCUUAUGGAUUUUCCACAAUUGACAAUGACAUUGCCUGAUGGUCGUGAAGAAUCUGUUAUGAAGCGCACAACACUUGUGGCCAACACUUCUAAUAUGCCUGUGGCUGCUCGUGAGGCUUCAAUUUACACAGGAAUCACGAUAGCUGAAUACUUCAGAGAUAUGGGUUACAAUGUCAGCAUGAUGGCAGAUUCAACAUCUCGUUGGGCAGAAGCAUUGCGUGAAAUCUCUGGGCGGCUGGCAGAAAUGCCGGCAGAUAGUGGAUAUCCUGCUUACUUAGCAGCACGUCUGGCCUCAUUUUAUGAACGUGCUGGUAAAGUAAAAUGUUUGGGGUCGCCAGAACGUUCCGGUAGUGUCACAAUUGUUGGUGCUGUUUCUCCACCUGGUGGAGAUUUUUCAGACCCUGUUACAUCUGCUACCCUCAGCAUUGUCCAGGUCUUCUGGGGUUUGGACAAGAAACUUGCCCAGAGGAAGCAUUUCCCUUCUGUAAACUGGCUCAUUUCCUAUUCGAAGUAUUCAUCGGCAUUGGAGUCUUUCUACGAACAAUUUGAUCCUGAUUUUAUCAACAUCAGGACAAAGGCUCGAGAAGUGCUUCAGAGAGAAGAUGACUUGAACGAAAUUGUCCAACUUGUGGGAAAGGAUGCUUUAGCUGAAGCAGAUAAGAUUACGCUGGAGACUGCAAAGCUUUUGAGGGAAGACUAUCUUGCUCAGAAUGCAUUCACUCCAUAUGACAAGUUUUGUCCUUUCUACAAGUCUGUUUGGAUGAUGCGCAACAUAAUACAUUUUUACAAUUUGGCCAAUCAGGCUGUGGAGAGAGCAGCUGGUAUGGAUGGCCAAAAGAUUACUUACAGUCUCAUCAAGCAUCGGUUGGGAGAUCUGUUCUACCGAUUAGUGUCUCAGAAAUUUGAGGAUCCAGCAGAAGGAGAAGCAGCUCUUGUGGCCAAAUUCAACAAGUUGCAUGAUGAUCUAACUGCAGGUUUCCGUGCACUGGAGGAUGAGACCCGAUGAUCAAGGAGUUUGAAAUUUUGAUUUGUCAGGAGUCUAGAAGUGUGGACCAGCACUUGGUUUCUCUUAUCUGUUUUAUUCUGUGAAGACAGUGUUGGUAGAUCCCUGUUUGUGGUGCUAUGCUUGGGCAUAGUUUCUAGUUGGGUUAUGGUAGUUUAUUAUAUGGUAUUGUUAUUUAAUAUGAAGUUGUAUUGGGCAGCAGAGGACCAGAAACUGUUCAAUAUGUAUUUAUGCAAUAAGGUAUGUAUUCAAUUGAUGCCAAUUUGUAUUGAUUUAAUUUAUUAUCAAUCAUAUGUUCCUCUUUCCUUCUCA